AUGAGUUCCCUUAAGCAAUUUAUUCGGAACGUGCGUGCCGCCAAGACGAUUGCCGAUGAGCGUGCUGUUAUUCAGAAGGAGAGCGCUGCAAUCCGCGCCAGCUUUCGAGAGGAGAGCCACGAUCCUAACAUUCGUCGUAACAAUGUCGCCAAACUACUUUACCUCUUUACACUCGGAGAGCGAACCCAUUUUGGCCAGAUCGAAUGCUUGAAACUCCUAGCCUCCCCUCGAUUCGCCGAUAAACGUCUGGGACACUUGGCUACAAGUUUGUUGUUGGAUGAGAACCAAGAAGUUCUUACACUGGUAACCAACUCGCUCAAAAAUGAUCUUGGACAUUCCAACCAAUACGUUGUCGGUCUUGCACUCUGCACACUAGGAAACAUCGCCUCGGUUGAGAUGUCCCGAGAUCUCUUCCCCGAAAUCGAAACCCUUGUCGCUACCGCCAACCCCUAUAUUCGACGAAAGGCGGCCCUUUGCGCCAUGCGCAUAUGUCGCAAAGUUCCGGAUCUACAAGAACAUUUUAUCGAAAAGGCAACGCAGCUCCUGUCCGACAGAAACCACGGCGUUCUUCUGUGUGGUCUUACCCUGGUGACAAGCCUUUGCGAGGCAGAUGAGGAGGAGGGUGGAGAAGAAGGAAUUGUCGAAAAGUUCCGAUCGUUCGUCCCGGGACUUGUCAGAACUUUGAAAGGACUCGCGACUUCCGGCUAUGCACCCGAACAUGAUGUUACUGGCAUUACCGACCCUUUCUUGCAGGUUAAGAUUCUACACCUGCUGAGGGUUCUGGCUGUGGGUGACGCCGAGACCAGUGAGCAGAUCAACGAUAUUUUGGCACAGGUUGCCACAAACACCGAGUCGUCCAAGAACGUUGGUAACUCAAUUUUGUACGAAGCUGUGCGCACGAUUCUCGAUAUUGAGGCCGAUUCUGGCUUGAGAGUCCUUGGCGUCAAUAUUCUGGGCAAAUUCCUCACGAACCGCGACAACAACAUUCGAUAUGUUGCUCUCAACACUUUGAUCAAGGUUGUCGCCAUUGAGCCCAAUGCUGUCCAGAGACAUCGAAACACCAUCUUGGAAUGUUUACGAGACCCCGAUAUCAGUAUCCGACGCCGAGCUCUGGACCUGAGUUUCACACUGAUCAACGAAGGCAACGUCCGAGUUUUGAUCCGUGAGCUUUUGGCCUUCUUGGAGGUUGCGGAUAACGAGUUCAAGCCAACAAUGACCAGCCAGAUUGGCAUUGCUGCUGAUAAGUAUGCGCCCAACAAGCGAUGGCACUUUGAUACAAUGCUUCGUGUUAUGUCACUGGCGGGUAACUACGUUAAAGAGCAGAUUCUUUCAUCGUUUGUCCGACUGGUCGCCACCACUCCCGAGUUGCAGACUUACGCCGUGCAAAAAUUAUACAUUAAUCUUAAGAAGGACAUUACCCAAGAGAGUCUUACACAAGCAGGUGCUUGGUGCAUUGGCGAGUAUGCCGAUGCUCUGCUCAAGGGUGGACAGUACGAGGAGGAAGAGCUCGUGCAGGAAGUUAAGGAGCACGAGGUUGUCGACCUUUUCUCCCUCAUUCUUAACAGUGCAUAUGCCACCCAGGUUUCCACAGAGUACAUCGUAACGGCAUUGAUGAAGCUGACAACUCGCUUCAAUGACCCGGCUCAGAUUGAGAAGAUUCGACGAAUCCUACAGUACCACCAGACCAGUCUUGACAUCGAGAUUCAGCAGCGAGUAGUCGAAUAUGGUAACCUCUUCAGCUUCGACCAGGUUCGACGUGGUGUGCUCGAGAAGAUGCCCAUCCCCCAAAUCAAGGAAGAAUCCCGUGUGCUUGGAUCUGCGCCCACGAAAAAGAAGGCCUCCAACAGGAAGUCAAGAGUCAUCAAGCCGACAGAACAAGAUCUCCUUGACAUUAUGGACGCACCCGCUGCUACGCCGAUGGCACCUUCGACAACCAACACUGACCUUCUCGCUGACAUCUUGGGCGGCGCCUCUUCCCCGCCACCAUCCGCAUCCUCGCCGCCCCCUGGGUCCAACAUGUCCAACAUUAUGGAUCUGUUUGGAUCUGGUCCUGGAUCUUCCACGGCAUCUCCCGCUCCUCCCUCAUCAAACAUCGACCUUGUGUCACCCGUCUCAUCAGCGCCUCAGCCUCAAACGCCACAGGCACCUGCUGGUAUCCCUUGCUACAAUUCCAACGAUCUUAAUGUGACGUACCAGAUUCAGCGCAACGCCGAGGGCAUGAUCCAGGCCACUGCCAGGUUUAUCAACACGUCUAGUUCCGCAACAUUGUCCAACGUGUCUUUGCAAGCUGCCGUUCCCAAGUCUCAAAAGCUCCAGCUGCUGAGCAUCUCUUCAUCAGACCUCGGACCUGGAGCGGAAGCUUCUCAGAUGAUGCGAGUAUCCGGCUGCAAGGGUCCUCUACGUCUGCGUCUGAGAAUUGGAUACACACACCCAACUGCUGGACAGGUUAUGGAUCAAGUCAACUGGACAGAGUCCUAG